AUGCUGAGAUCGCUGGUGUUGACACCGCAAGAAAUGCAUCCACUACGUGUGAAAUUCUCGUCGCUCUGUCGUAAGCAAGGAAAGCAUGUAAUGUGUCGCGAUGUGCUACGUGAACUGCUUGGACUGGAACCUGGUGCUCCACUCCAUAAGGCCGUGGCACCGAGUGAUAAGCCGCAGUUGGUAUUGGCGUUGUGCAAGCAGUUAUGGAUGGACGAUUACCGUAACGAAGCUGUGCGAACACUGGAAGCUCUGGUCAACCACCUUGAUCGUCUUCCUCCAAAUCAUACACCAGAGGCUGCCCGAUUGUGUGCAAAAGCUUGCUUGAAGCUGGGUGAAUGGACUGAAAUCUUGGCCGAAAGCGCUCCGACGACCAGUGGUAGCGGUGCGUUUGCGCAUAAUGGAAGCCCACAUCGUUCACUGUUCGGCGGCUCGCCUAUUAGCGACGAGCAGACGGCUACAGAACAGGUCAUCCGACAUUAUGCGAGAUCCACUGAGUACGACAAGGAUUGGCAUAAGGCAUGGCACAAGCUAGCUUCGGCAUACUUCACAGCUUUGUCGCGCGACAAGGAACUGUCGCAAGUGGUAGCGGCGGCAGCGGUCCGUUCGCCCCAUACUCGCCUCAUCCACUCGACACCCCCGCCACCGCUUCCACCUCAACCAGGGAUGGGCUUGAUACCACCAGUUGGUGCUCCGAUGCCACCUCCACUUCAAGGAGCACCUCUAGCGCAGCCGAUGAUGCCAGUCACGGUGAACACCGCUGGUGUACCACUACUACCAGUUGGCCCACCUCCACCUCCUGGUGCUCCACCAGGACCAAUGAUGCAACUAAUACCUCCACAACUGAGUCCGAUGCCAAUACACAAUCCGUCUCUGACCACUCCGCCUCCACCGUCUACAGUGCCUGUUAACAUUGCCUAUGCAGUUUCGGCAGUAAAAUGCUUCACAAGGGCGCUACAGUUGGCUCCAGGCAGUACCCCAAUUAAUGGCUCGCCUGGAUUCACGCGACAAGAUGGCCCUACUCAUAAAACAAGUGAUUCUGGAAAUUUCCAAGAUGAAGCCGCAGCAAAAUCGUCGAACGUUGAUCGUCAGAAGAACGCUCAAGAAAUGUUGGCAGUAAUGGCUGAAAUGCAUCCGAAACUUGUUGAGGAGGCGAGCAUGGUUUCCGAAGAACUGGUAAGGUGCGCAAUACUGUGGCACGAGCAGUGGCAUGAUGCACUGGACGAGGCUAGUCGACAAUACUUCCAAGAGAAGAACACCGCGGCUAUGAUGGAGACGUUGGAGCCGGUUCACAAAAUGAUCGAGAAGGGACCCACCACGCUGAAAGAGCAGUCGUUCAACCAGACCUACUAUUGUGAGCUCUCGGAUGCGUACAAGUUCUGCCAGGCCUUCAAACGCACAGAGAACGUAAAAGAACUUACCCAAGCGUGGGAAAUAUAUUGCCAGGUGUUCAAGAAAAUCACGGCUCAGCUGCGACAGCUCACAUCAUUGGAUUUGAACUAUAUCAGCCCGAUGUUGAUGAGAGCUAAGGACCUCGAGCUUGCCGUACCGGGAACAUACGAUCCUUCUCAACCAGUGGUCGGAAUAGCGUCUAUUGGCACUCAUCUUCAAGUGAUUAGUAGCAAGCAGAGACCAAGAAAAAUGACCAUUCGAGGCAGUAAUGGGCGGGAAUAUGCGUUCUUGCUAAAAGGUCAUGAAGAUCCGCGCCAGGAUGAGCGGUGA